AAAGGGAAAAAGAAAGAAGCUUCAAAUUUCUCACAUCAUUGAUGGGAAUGGCAAGGGACUCAAUAACAUGGAUGACAUCAAACAAGAAGCUAUCAGACACUUUCAGAACCAAUUCCAAGCUCCAGCAACUUCCAUUCCUGAUUUGGGCAAUAUUCUGCCCUUUAUCCCUCCUCUCAUCUCCAAUGAAGACAACCUAUUUCUCACUAAGCUCCCAGAUUUGGCUGAGGAUGUUCUCACUGCCUCUCAAGAAUUUUUUCUGGGCCUCCCAAUUCCAAAAGGAUAUGGCAGUACCCUCAUCACCUUGAUUCCCAAGAAAGAAGAUCCAAAACGGGUUGAUGAUUUUAGGCCCAUCUCCCUCUCAACUUUUCUCAGCAAAAUUAAUACUAAACUCCUUGCCAACAGACUUAAAAUGUUGCUUCCCAAACUCAUCUCACCAGAACAAGGAGCUUUCCAGAAAGGUAAGUCCAUUGAUGACCAUAUUCUCCUUGCUCAAGAAGCCAUACAUGGACUAGACAGAAAGGUUUUUGGGGGUAACCUUCUCAUCAAAAUAGACAUGGCAAAAGCUUUUGACUACAUGAACUGGAGCUUUCUUGAGGGCACUCUUGGAAAGUUUGGUUUCUCUCAAGUUGCCAGCAAUAUGUUAAUGGCAAACCUCCGGAGCUCCUUCAUUUCUGUCCUCAUCAAUGGUGAACCUCACGGUUUCUUCCCCAUGACCAGAGGAGUUAAACAGGGCGAUCCCCUCUCUCCACUUCUUUUCAUUCUAGGGUUUGAAGCUUUCUCCAGAUACCUAAACCACUCCAUGGAGAGCAACACUAUCAAGCGUUUCAACUUGGGAAGUGUUAGGAUGCCCAGCCAUCUCAUUUACGCAGAUGACUUGAUGAUCUUUACAAAAGGGGACAUCCUCAACCUUCUUAAACUUAACCAAAUUCUUAAAGUUUUUAUGCAGGCUUCAGGGCAGCAGAUAAACUUUUCAAAAAACAGAUUCUACACUCCAAAAUCCACCACUGCGGAUCAACAACUCAAGAUGGAAAAAGCCCUGUCCAUGAAGUGUGGAAGCCUCCCCUUUACCUACUUGGGAGCCACCUUACGUAGAGGCAUGGUGGAUGCUCCCAUGCUCACGUCAAACCUCUUACUUCGCCAACAUGCAAUCUCAUGGUGGGUAAGAGCAACCAGGUCUGCUUCUCCUGUCAAAGACUCAAAUACAGCUGGGGCUGCUACCCCAAUAGCUCCAGUUGAUGCCAUGGGAACCAUAGUAACUGAUACUAUAAUCCAAGCUACUAGCGUAAGUGUUGAUUCAGCCCCUAAUGUUUGUGAUGACACAGAUAAAGUCAAGAAAGUUUUUGAUGUAAUUAUUCCUAAGAGUUGUACAACAGCUUAUCCUGAUGUUAAGAAAGUCUCUGAUGGUUGUGAAGUUUUUCCUACUGCCAAUUCUCCAGCAGCCCGUGGUAACAGCGAGCCAAUAUUGGUGACUAUGGAACCCAAUUCUCCUACACCUUGUAACAAUGAUCACAGCCGCAGCGCACACAAUCUGUCUUUCGAAGCAGCAUUGGAAGGCACACACAGUAUUGACACUUGUAAUAAUAAAGAGUUCAAUUCUGAUCCUUCUCCAAUCAACCUAAAGGAAUUUCCAGUUCUCACAAAAGAACUAUUGGAAGCUACUAGUGGUGAACACACCCUUUCUCUUGAGAAAGAGAUGGAAAGAACACUAAGUCCCUCAUGUGCAGGAAAUGAAGAGAUUCCUUCUGAUCAUAUGGAAAGCAAUAACCCUCCUCCACUGUUGACUAGCGAUGAAAGUAUCAACCCAUCAACAAUAGGACCGGUCCUUCAAUCCUUUGAGAUUGACGGACAACACGAAGUUAGGUCCUACAUUGAAGAAGGGGAGACAUCACAUCAAAGGGAGGAAACCAAUGACUUUCAAGAUGUCCAAAGAAGCCGUACCAAAAAAUCAGCAAAGAGGCCAAAUGCACCAAGAACAAUCAAAACUAGAAGCUACGACCCCAACCUCGAAGUCGGGACGGUUAGUGAGAUCACCAGAUACUGGCCGAGCCAAAAAUCAACAACUUUGGAAACAAUUAUCACUACCGAAAGUUACUCUGGGCCCUUUUGGUAUGUUGGUCCUGUUGGUCCUAUUGGAACUGAUGGAAAGAGACCAAAGAAAUGUUCAUUCAUAGCCAGCGAGACGACAACAUAGGGUUCAUUUUGAAUCCACGUAGUGUUCAUUCUAAGACAUUUUAGGGUUGACUUUCACACAUUUGUUCAUUAUAAACGUAGUACUCAUUC